AUGAAUAGUUAUGAUAAUUCAUCAAUUGUUUUUAUUUUUUGUGGUCAAGCUACACUUUGGAAAACAAUGGCAUUAGAACUUUAUAGUGGAAAUCGAAUUUUUAGAGAAUCAAUGGAUAGAAUUGAUAAUUAUUUAAAAAUAAAUUAUUUUGAUGGUGAAUCAAUGUUAAAUAAAUUAAGAUCACUUGGUGAUGAUGAAUCUCCAAAUAAAGAUCAAUAUUUAACACAUUCAGUUUUAUUUAUGUUUCAAGUUUCAUUAUUUGAAUUAUAUAAAAGCGAAGGUGUAAAUCCAUCUUUUAUUUAUGGUGUUAGUUGUGGAGAAAUGGCAAGUUUAUAUUGCUCUGGUGCAUUAACAUUAAAAUCAGCAUGUGAUUUAAUAAUGGACAGAGCAAAGUUAUUGGAUGUUGUGUUGAAAAAGUGUCCAAAAGGAUUUUCAUUUUUUGGUUCAAUUGGAUGUGAUGAUUUCAUUAAAAACUAUUCAAAGAAAUAUCCAGAUGUUGAAAUUGGUGGUCGUCAUACAGACUCUUUUACAUUAUUUGGUACAUGUAACUCUGAACAAUUUGAACAGGUUUUUAAAGAGUUAAAUGAAAAUGGAAUUCAAACUAAAAGAUUAAAUACACAAAUCCCAUUUCACACAUCUGUUAUUGAUUGUGUUAAAGAAGAUGCUUUGAAAAUAAAGGAUAUUGAAUUUAAUGAAUUUUCAUUCAAAAUUCCAACUUAUACAUCAUCAAAUGGUAAAAUCUAUAAUGAAAAUAAUCCAUUCAACAUAUUUAGAAGUAUAAGAGAUUGUCUUUGUACUAAAGUUGCUAUUGAAGAUAUAUUAAGAACACUAGAAUCAAAUGGUAAAGAAAAAGUCAUAUUUGUUGAAUUAUCACCUCAUCCAAUUAGUUCACCUUAUAUGUUUGAAAUUGUAAAAACUUUUAAAUCAACAAUUUUCACAACAACUUCAAAUAUUGAAAAUAAUCCAAAUGUAAUAGCACUUUCCUCAUUAAAUAAAAACAAUAAUGACAAUAUUCAUUUUAAUGAAAUUUUAGAAAUUUUAAAAAGAAAUUUAUAA